UGUAGACCACAGUUUACUUACCUGUCUGGCGGCAGAAACACCAAAUCAGUUGCUUCACACACACCUUUCUUUCCCUUCUCUUUUUCACUAACAAUUUGUUUCCUUCUUUUCUCAUAAACCCACUGUGCUGUGCAACAAAACACCCUCAUUUGAUUCUCUUCUCUUCUCUCUCUCUUUUCUUUUCUCUUUAAAAAAAUAAAAAAUAAUAAUCUGUUUAUUUUAUUUUAUUUUGUUUUUAUUUAUUUAUAACUGUCAGUGCCAGUGUUCCCCCUUUCUUCCCUCACUCACUGUUCUUCUGCUCAGAAAAUUUGUAGAGGGAGUGGCAAAGUGGUAAUAAUGGAGAGAAAGCAAGGGUUCUUCUCGGCGCUCAAGGAGGAGGUGGUUCGCGGUCUCUCGCCGGCGAGGUCACGGGCCAAGAGUCCGGCGAGGAGCGCUUCUCCGAUGUCGGGGUUACUCCGGCGACGGAGGAAGCACCACGCUCCGCCUCCGGAGAUUUUCGUUACGAGAUCGGGGAGUCUCAGGCCGGCGGAGGCGUUGUCGCCGUUGAAGGAGGGUCCCGACGGAACUGACGGCCAGUGCUCCAGCAGAGGGGAAGGACGGUGGGGGCAGUGGAUGAAGGGACCACUGGCUAGAGCGCCGUCUGUUUCUUCUUCUUCGUCGUCGUCUUCGGGUUCUUCUUCUGCUGCCGCAUGCAAAAAGUCCGAUCUGAGAUUGUUGCUUGGUGUGUUGGGUGCUCCACUUGCUCCUGUUCAUGUCUGCACCACUGACCCUUUUCCUCAUCUCAGCAUCAAAGACAUACCCAUUGAAACUUCUUCUGCUCAGUACAUACUGCAACAGUACAUUGCUGCUUCUGGAGGGCAAAAGCUUCAAAAUUCCAUCAACAAUGCUUAUGCCAUGGGGAAGGUGAGGAUGAUAGCCUCUGAGUUUGAGACUGCGAACAAGGUCACUCGCAACAAGAACUCCUCCAAAGCUGCAGAGUCCGGUGGGUUUGUCCUGUGGCAGAUGAACCCAGACAUGUGGUAUGUGGAGCUUGCUCUUGGUGGCAGCAAGGUUCAUGCGGGUUGCAAUGGGGAGCUUGUGUGGAGGCACACGCCAUGGCUCGGUGCACAUGCAGCAAAAGGGCCAGUGAGGCCUUUGAGACGUGCCCUUCAAGGUCUUGACCCAAGAACAACUGCGAGCAUGUUUAUCAAUGCAAGGUGCAUUGGUGAGAAGAAGAUAAAUGAAGAGGACUGUUUCAUCCUCAAGCUUUGUGCGGAUCCCUCAACAUUGAAAGCAAGGAGUGAAGGCCCAGCAGAGAUUAUAAGGCAUGUCUUGUUUGGGUACUUCAGUCAAAAAACAGGACUUCUUGUUCACUUGGAAGACUCACACUUGACCCGAAUUCAGAACAAUGGAGGCGAUGCGGUGUAUUGGGAGACCACCAUAAACUCAUUUCUUGAUGACUACAGGCCUGUUGAAGGGAUCAUGAUUGCUCACUCAGGUCGAUCCGUGGUGACACUGUUCAGGUUUGGGGAAACAGCAAUGAGCCACACAAAAACCAGGAUGGAAGAAGCAUGGACAAUUGAGGAGGUCGCCUUCAAUGUCCCUGGCCUUUCUGUGGACUGUUUUAUUCCUCCAUCUGAGCUAAAGUUUGCUUCCAUGAGCGAAGCCUGCGAGCUUCCUCAAGGUCAGAGGGUGAAGACUUCUGUGGUAGCAGGUGCUGCAUACCAUGCCAAAGUUGCUCAACUACAAAAAUCACAUGAAAGCAAUAUAAAUAACGUUAACUGGAAGGUUCAGUUUCGUGUGUAGCAUGCGUAUAACAGAAGCAACAGCGUGCAGCUUCUGCCUCGAAUACGCGAUUAUGCCCUACGGAACGCUGAACCAAACAUACACUAAUGCAGGUAAAUGGUAAGAUUGCAGCAGGGUUGUCAAGAGUUUUCUGCUGUAGAUCAUUGCCUCAUCAAAUUUGUAAAUAGAAAUGAUCAGUCAUGGAUCCAAAAAAGUGAAUUUAAAUACUCUGGGUUUUGGUGGAUGAUUAUGCUCAUCAAGGUUUGAUUUUUCCCCUUGUUAUCCAUAAGGCUCAAUUUGGGAAUCUGCUGAUCGUUUUGUAAGCUAUAAUUCGUGUAGAUUUUUUUUUUCUGUGAAAGCUUUCUGCAAUGAUGCUUGAAGAUCACAGUUACAACCUAGGUUUUAUCACUGAAAAGUUUUUGCUAUGAGUUUUAAGUCACUAAUACUGAUCUUGCUUGUGGUACCUGAGGAAAUCUCUUCCAUCUUUGACAGGAAACUAAAUAGGGUUGAAGAACUUUUGAAUGUGUUUCAUGCUGCGUUUGUUAUGAAUUGUAAACCAUGUACCUAGAGUUAGUGGAAGCUAAGUUAUUCCUAGACCUAAGAUUCUUAUGCUUUUUAAGGACACAUAUAUUGACUAUUUCCACAAGCUUGUAACAAUAUUUAAUUGUAACUAAUGUCAGAAGAAUUUCAAGAUUUCCUGCACUAUUCGAACUA